GGGGGGGGUUGGGUGGUUUCAAACCAAAAAAAUUCUGCUCUAGCGGGAAUAUGCAUAUGGAACAAAACAUCACAACUAAUUCAGGUGAUGAUAGACGACCAUGUUGUGAAAUCAUCCUUAACAAUCUUGGCAUUGCACUAAUUUUAUAGGGUGGAGGCAGUGAGAAGACAGUAGAGUCUUUAAAAGGCUUGUAUUCUGAACAAUCAUGAGUUAAAAAGAUGAGUUAUGUAGUUUUUAUUCACAAAUGUGCUCCCAACAGAGAACGUUACUCCCAUGUGAAAAGGUCGGGAAUGCUUUUUCAGAAGUUAGAAAGGGAGACCAAUGCAGGCGUGGCUCAAGUUUUAUUUGACCUCUAAAGGAUACUACUCUGAACAGAAAGAGCAGAUUUUUAUUAUUUCUUUGCAGGCAACUGUUAAAGAUGACUUGAUGGCAAAAAAUAGUCGCUGUGGCAUUUCAUCCUGAACACCUUAAGUGAGACCAAAACCUUUGAUUUACACCCCUGAGCGAGAUGAUGAGCAUCCCCGACCUAUUCACAUGGGAGUCCCCCGCCACUGGAAAUGUGUAUGAGAAGGAAAAUAAAAUUUAGUUAUAGUUUUGCUUUGUGAAGUUAAGUGUACGUAAAAUUCUGUUGGCCAAUAAUGAAUGUUUGAGAUUAAAAGUGGUGACUUUUGUUCAUGGGUCAAGCACCCCCUCCUCUCCCCUGCCUCCCCAGGGUUGGAGCAAGCUGAGCAUGUUGAGGGGAGGAAGCUCUCACAAGGGAGCACUUUGACUUCUUCCCCAGAAUACAGUCAGCGUGCUUCAGUUGCCAAUUUUUUAGCCUUCAAACAAACAAAAAAAGCCUGGACUAAAUUCUUGCUCCAAUGCACCUGAAGCUUAUUUCAUGUGAUCUGCUCUGAGGUACUACGAGUGAGCAGUAAAAGGGGAGCGGAAAUUUCACGAUACAAAAUCCUUUUGAACACUAUUUUGCUGUGCUAUUGUUUUCAAGGUAAAAUCUGAUCUCAUUUCAUUUCUUUUCUAAGUUUGAAUGAUAUUCUCCUUGUUUCCCUACUCCCCCAUCGUCGUUACCUUACUGAUGAUCCCCCACUACCACCCGGUAAGUAAAAAUAUCUCGCCCCAGUUUCCAACGUUCCAUGCAUGCAGUUUACACACUGUCGUGCAGAGACGAAGGUUUGGUGCUUGUUAUUUUCCAAUUUUUUGCGUGUUACUCGACACCGAACCAUGAAUAACGCGCUACAGUUAUGGGAUGGACAUCUGUCUGUGAUAACCCGACCAGUGCCUCACGUUCAGGCCUCUCUGGACGUUGUUGUGAAAAUCACUUAUUCGGCGGUAUGUGGGACGGAUCUGAAGAUUCUCGAAGGAAAGUUUCAUUGUGAAAAAUCUGUUAUAAUGGGCCACGAGUUCGUCGGUAUUGUCAAAGAAGCGGGAGCUGACGUGAAGCAUGUGUCUGUUGGCGAUCGUGUCGUCAUUAACCCUAACACCAGCUGUGGAAUGUGUGAUAACUGUACCAAAGGAGUGCCACAUUUCUGCAAAUUUGAAGGUGUGAAAGGCACUAUUGGUAUCAGGCGUAAUGGAGGAUGGGCACAGUAUUGCCGUCUGCCAGCCAAGAAUGUUGUUCCUUUACCCCAUCAGCUGUCAUUUGAACUUGGCUUGUUACUGGAACCAAUGUCAUGUGUUGUACAUGGCUGGAAUCUUUUACAGCCGAUCUCUCCUGAUUCAGAGAUCUUAAUUUGUGGAGCUGGAAGCAUGGGUCUUCUGUUCAUGUGUUUGUUACACUUCAGGGGUUACAGAGAAGUUGUUGUGACUGAGCUGUUAAAAGGUCGUCAGAAAAUUGCACAGAAGCUUGACUUUGGUUUUCAAGUAGUACAUCCUGAAAUUUUAGUUUCGGAAGCUAGAAAUGCAAAGCACGAUGGUGAUGAAGACUGGGGUUUUGACAUUGUCAUCGACUGCUCUGGGGAUCCAAAGACCCUUGAACAAGGGGUUCAGUGGUUACGUCAAGGAGGAAAAUUUCUUCUGUUUGGAAUUUCACCUGCAGGAUCCGAAGCAAAAAUUGAUCCACAUGAAGUUUAUGCCAAGGAACUGAAGAUCAUAGCAUCCAGGAUUAAUCCUUUUACCUUCUCCUCAUCUAUGCAGAUAAUACAGGAUAUGGGAGAACGGUACUUGAGUUUUGGGAGGUUAGGUAUGCGCACUUUUCAACUCCAGGAAUUUACAGCAGCUUUGGAAGUCCAACGUAGUGGAGAAAUUUCAAAAGCUGUCUUUGAAAAUUAAGUGUUGGUGAAAUGAGUUUUCCAAUUUCCUUCAGCAGGAGCUCAAUGCAAACCAUUGUGCAAUAUGUAUCUCGCUCUCUUUCCCAUCAAAUCAUUUUAAGUUAAAGUGUAAUAUUCAGGAGGUCAUCUACUUCUAAACAUCAGGUCUGGGUUGUUUGAAAGGUGGAUGAUGCUAUCCACCAGACAAAUCACUAUCCAGUGGAUUGCAUGGUUUGGUUUGUUAACACUUGGUAACACUGGAUAGCAAUUUAUCUGGUGGGCAGCGUUAUUCAGUCUUCAAACAACAGGGGCCAGUAUGGCGUCAGUGUAGCAGCAGAAUUCUCAGUGUAGCUUUUCUGUCCCUCUCUCCUAGAUUAUUAAAAACGAAAACUGAGAAUGGAACAGUGUUAUCACGUUUUCAAAUUUAUCAGAAGCCUUACGACUAACAUAUCACAGGGAAUGAAGAGGAUUAGUGAGUGUAAUUAAAAUGUAACAUAUACAGCUGUAUUCUUUCUGAAAGGCAAUCAGCCAAGGCUUUCCCAGUAGAAUUAGUUCAUGCUUUGAGCUGUCCAUAUAUUGGGUUAUAAUGCUCUUAGCAACAUGAAAAGUACUCGAGAAGCUAGAGUUGCUCUAGGCAUAAACACUUAUGCUCCUCUUGUCUCCAAACUCUCCUAUGUAUAACUGGAUGAAGCUACACUAAACAUGAACCAAUUCUUAAAUCAUAUUCAGGGAUGUUGCUAAAGAAAGAAAAACAAACAAAAAAAGAAAUACUGGCUGGCUUUUUAACAAACUGAGCCAGCUUUUUUCACCUUGACACCUUGAAAGUCACCCAAAGUCUUUGUUUUGUAGUCAAACUUCCUCAGCCCAUGAUGAGCUCUCUUCAGUUAAAAUUAGCAGCAAUAGGUUCUCAGCUACAUCCCUGUAUAUUACUACAUUAAUAAUGAAAAUAGUAACAAAACAGAAAAUAUUGCUUUGUAUAUUUUUAUUCGUCUGCAAGUUCAGAGUACACUGCUCUAGGUUUUAUCUAAGAAAUUAAAAAAUAUAUAUACAGGACUUUCAACAUAGUUGUGAUAAAUUAAAAAAUUGGCAAAGGUCAACAAUAUCAAAUUGUACAAUAACAUCAUAAGGCUUAAAUAACAAAAGGUGCUUAAUAUUGUACAUUAUUGAGAAAAGACCAUGUACACCCAUUAAAGAAAGCUUGCUGGAUUUUGCAAAAAAACA